AUGGAUGAUUCAACCCAACCGUAUCAUGCUUUUAUUGGCGCACACAAAAUGCUUGCGAAGGGCCCCAGUGAUCGACAAAAAACUUUAACAGAUGUUGCCGUUGCUCCCGACGAGGAGGAGAUUCAAUUGCGUCUAAAGUUUUUGUGGACAGCGGCGUUUAGCCUCUCUGCACAGUCUGCAACCGCGCAACUCUCCUCUUCAAUGCUGGAGAAGCUUGUGCAGCUUGCUAGCGACUGUCAACUUAAUCUUCCCAUUUCUUUCUGGAGACGAGUUUGUCCCCAUUGCCUUUCCUUUUAUCAUGUUUCAGGCUAUACAAUACCCGAGUGGAAUGAUGUCUCUGCGGAUCGAACGAUCGAAAUGGAUAGGAUAAUUGGAAAAGACGCGCCAAAUAGCCUUUCCGCUGCUUUGUCAAGAAAAAAAGGUCCGUUUGUCAUUUACAUUUGCGACAUUUGCGCCGGUGGAGCCAAAUGGAUGCUUCCUUUAAAAUGA